AUGUGUCCCGGCCUCUCCCCCAACAUCCAACAGGUUGAUGAUGCCAGGAAAACAGCUGUCAUCGACAGAGAGCUCUCUCGGCUAGGUGUAGACAUUGCAUGCUUGCAGGAGACGAGGCUUCCAGACAGUGGCACCCUCAGAGAAAAGAGCUACACCUUCUUCUGGAAAGGUAAACCCCCUGAAGAACCCCGCCAGCAUGGUGUCGGCUUUGCCAUAAAGAACACACUGAUGACCUCCAUCGAGCCCCCUUCAGCAGGCACAGAGAGAAUUCUGACCCUCCGCCUGUCCACGUCUUUCGGCUCAGCCACCAUCAUCAGCGUGUACGCACCCACGCUGUACUCUACCCCUGAGGAUAAGGACCAGUUCUAUGGUGCCCUGGAUGAUAUCAUAUCCCAAACCCCCAGCACUGACAUGCUUUACCUCCUUGGCGACUUCAACGCCAGAGUGGGAGCUGACCACGAGGCUUGGCUCUCCUGUCUCGGUGCCUAUGGACGCGGGAAGAUAAAUGACAAUGGCCAGCGUCUGCUAGAGCUGUGCUGCUACCACGGCCUAUGCGUCACCAACACCUUCUUCCCGUGCAAAGAAAUCCAUCAGGUCUCCUGGAGACAUCCUCGUUCACGCCACUGGCACCAGCUCGACUUGGUAUUGACCAGACGCAAGGACCUUGCCAGCGUCCUCCUCACCCGUAGCUACCACAGUGCUGACUGCGACACUGACCAUUCCCUCGUCGCCAGUAAGGUGCGCAUUGCCCCGAGGAAGAUACACCACAGCAAAAAGAGCGGACGGCCACGCGUCAACACCUGCAAUGCCAGAAACCCCCUUAAGAUGCAGGGUUUCCUGAACCUUCUCAACGUGACCCUAGCAAGGGAGAUGAUGGAGCCUGUGGUUGAGGCUAAGAGGAAGACCCUUCUGGCCUACAAGAACGCUCCAAACCCUACCACGCUUACUGCACUCAGGGUGGCCAGGAAAACAUCCCAGCAGACAGCUCGUCACUGCGCAAACACCUACUGGUCAAAUCUCUGCAGUAGCAUACAGCUUGCUGCAGACGUAGGAGAUGCAAGAGGGAUGUACGAGGGCAUCAAGAAGGCGACAGGUCCAGCACCCAGUAAGUCCGCCCCCCUCAAGACAAAGACAGGCGAUGUGAUCACCGACCAAGGCAAGCAGCUAGAACGAUGGGUUGAGCACUACCUGGAGCUGUACGCCACACAGAAUGUUGUCACUGAUGCUGCCCUUGCCGACACCCCUGACCUGCCUGUAACGGAGGAACUUGAUGCACUGCCCACAAAGGAGGAGCUCAGUAAAGCCAUCAGCAAUCUAUCAAGCGGAAAGGCCCCAGGGAUUGACAGCAUUCCAGCAGAGGUCUUAAAGAGUGGGAAACCUGCACUACUCGAGCCCCUGCACACCCUUCUUUGCAAAUGUUGGGAGAAAGGACACAUCCCUCAGGACAUGCGUGAUGCGAACAUCAUCACCCUGUACAAAAACAAGGGUGACAAAAGCGACUGCAACAACUAUCGAGGUAUCUCUCUCCUGAGCAUUGUGGGGAAGGUCUUUGCACGAGUCACCCUUACCCGCUUACAGACCCUCGCCUCCCGUGUCUACCCUGAGUCCCAGUGUGGCUUCCGUGCAGGCCGGUCAACAGUAGACAUGGUAUUCUCCCUGCGCCAGCUCCAAGAGAAGUGCCAGGAACAGCAGAUGCCUCUCUACCUUGCCUUCAUUGAUCUAACAAAGGCGUUCGACAUGGUCAGCAGGAGCGGACUCUUCCAGCUCCUUAAGAAGAUUGGCUGUCCCCCACACCUGCUUGCUGUCGUCACGUCAUUCCACUACAACAUGCGCAGCACAGUGAGCUUCAACGGUGUCACGUCCAGGGUUUUUUCUGUCAGUAGUGGUGUAAAGCAGGGCUGUGUCCUUGCGCCGACACUCUUUGGCAUCUUCUUCUCCAUGCUCCUUCAGUACGCCUUCAAGGACUGCAGCGAAGGGGUGUACAUCCACACCAGAGCCGAUGGCAAACUCCUCUACAUUGCCCGUCUCCGUGCCAAGACCAAAGUGAGAGAGGUGCUCAUUCGCGAGAUGCUCUUCGCCGAUGAUGCAGCCCUAGCCUCGCACACAGAAGAAGGUCUGCAGCAGCUUGUCAGUCGAUUCUCCGCCGCCUGCAAGGAAGACAUGAAGCAGUGCAACAUCGAUGUCUCCUCCUGGGAGAGCCUCGCUGAGGACCGGCCUUCCUGGCGCUCAACUGUGAAAUCUGCCGUUAAGGAGGCCGAGGACGCGAGAAAUGCUGCUCUGGCCGAGAAGAGAAGAAGGCGAAAGCAGAGAGAGCGCCAGCCACAACAACAGUCAACGUACAUGGUCCCCCCCCCAAACUUCGAGGGGCACCAAGUUUUUUUUAUUGACCCGAUGUAA